AUUACGUUACUUCCCAGUUGAUUUUUGCCUCAAUUCGUAACUGGGGACAGUAAAGAUGGCGCCGAUGCAGUCAGUGUGGGUGAUUGCCCGGAGAAGAUGACGACGAUUAGCUCAUUAACUCUUUUAAGCAGUGGGGCGUUUUCAGUGUAAACUUUAUACAAUAGACUUUUAUCUCCCGGUGAAUACCUAAUCAUCUUCAAAAGACUGAUAAGACAGUCACAGAAGACCGCUACCAUGGAGGACAUCAAUUCAAAUAUAAACGCAGACUUGGAAGUGCGGAAGCUUCAAGACUUGGUGAGGAAACUCGAACAGCAGAACGAACAGCUCCGGAGUCGAUCGUCUUUACUCUCUUCGACCGGUGGGAUGUCAACUAACACAAGACCUUUGAGCGCAGGAUACGACUCGCCCUUGACGGCGGGAGCGGCGUCGGGGCUGGCCGGCUUCCCUGGGGUGGGGUUCGGUGGAACGAGGGGCUACGGCGGGCUGUCGGAAAACUCCCGUUGUUUGAGCCCCAGACUGUCAUAUCCUGGAAUGAAUUAUGGGGGACCAUACGACAGCGAUGGCGCUUGGGCUGCCACUGGUAUCACUUCAUAUGAUAACGAUGUAGGGGAUUUUUAUAAAGACGGGGAAACAACAAUACUUGACGAAGUGGAACUCCUCGAUCUAGAGGACAUGGAUUGUCUGAACGAAGACGACGACAGCUGGCUGUACGAGGCCAAGCUGAACAGCCCGCUGCAGAAGGCCCUUAGCCCCGUGGUGUGGUGUCGCCAGGCCCUGGACAACCCCAGCCCCGAGAUGGAGUCCGCCAAGCGCUCGCUCAUCCACAGACUAGACCUCACCAUGUCAGCCAACAAGCGCAGGAGUCUGUAUGGCAACACCUACAGCCCACAGACAAGCUACGGCAGCCCGUAUGGGACAAACACGGCCAACAGCCCCUACAGCAGCGGCUUCAACUCGCCCUCGUCCACCCCCUCCCGAGUGCCCAUCGUCAGGCAGCUGGUGCUCCCUAGCAGUGCGGGUCACCAGCGGAACUCGGCAGAUAGGAAUCCUCCUCCGGUGAGCCCCCAGUCGUCGGUGGACAGCGAGCUGAGCACCUCGGAAAUGGACGAGGACUCCGUGGGCUCCUCCACCACCUACCGCCUCAAUGACGUCACUGAUGUGCAGAUACUGGCCCGCAUGCAGGAGGAGAGCCUGCGGCAGGACUACGCGGCCAACGCGUCUCGUCGCAGCUCAGGCUCGUCCUGCCACUCACUGCGCCGCGGUGGCAGCGCCUUCAGUGACCAGGAGCUGGAUGCCCACAGCCUGGAGGACGACGAGGACGCCGUCGCGCCCGGUUACCUGUCCCACAACGCCGCGCACCACCACCAAUACUCCCACUCCGCCCUGCCUGUAGGGGGCGCUAGCCGCUUCAGCCCGUCGCCCCGCCACUCGCCCCGCGCCUCGCCCCGCUCCCGUUCGCCUGCGUCCCGUGGCGGUGGCGGUGGCACCCUGGACAUGCCCCCCCACAGCAACCGCGUGUCCCCACAGCCGGCCAGCAGCCGUCUGCAGCAGCCGCGUCUCUCGCUGCAAGGACACGCCCAGGACCCGCAGACCAACGCCAUCAAGAAUGAAGACAAGCUGAGGCGGAGUCUUCCGAAUCUGACACGGUCCAGCCCCGCCCACAGCGCGGCGUCUGCCGAGUCCGUCAGGAGCAGCCGGAGUGUGGAGUCCAACCUGCAGGUGCCCAACGGAGGCUCGCCCCGACACCAGAGCCAGUCUGCCAAAGCCCAGCACCAAAGGUACUCUGCCCCUCCUGCCCGCCCCUCCCCGAAAACCAAACUGCUCCUCCAGAGCCCGUCAUCUCUACGAGUCCAUCUGGCCUGUUGCUUUGGAGAGGAUGGAGAUUUCAUGUCCUCCCCCAGUAAACUCCGGACUCCGGCCACUCCCUCGCCUUUGGCUCUGAGGCAGCCGGUGAAGGCCGUGUCCAAUCCUAGCCCGGGCUCUUCGGCUAGCUCCACCCCCACCCGCUCUUUGGGCCCCGCCUCCCGCAGCGCUCUGCCCCGCCCCAGCGGCUCCGCAGGCGGUGGCAUCCCUGUGCCCCGCAGCAAGCUGGCACAGCCUGUACGCAGGUCUCUGCCAGCGCCUCGCACAUACAGUGGCAUCAGGGAUGAGAGCUGGAGGGAGGGCUGCUAUUGACCGCACAAGACCCCCCACCCCCCUCCUCCUGUCCCUUCCCUUCUCUACCCCACCCCUGAGACACAAUAAUGCUGCACUUUAGCAAAAACAAAAAAAUACAUGUCUAAGACAAAGAAGAAGAUAAAAAAAAACAGGAGAAAAUGAUCCCAGAUUGAAUCAAAAGAAUCCAGAACGAGCAAACGAACAGACAAGCAAACAAAUAAACAGACAUGAAUAUUUCCAUACAAUCACAAGGUUCAAGAACUCCAUGUCAAACGGGGACAUGGUAGCAUCAGACAGGCCAGAGCAUGCCAAAGAAAACCAGCAGAACUCCGGGCGCCAUUACCACCAGAGGGCACCCUUGCGAAACAGAAACCGCGUGCCCACUGUGCCAUCAGGUUGCAAAGUAACUAAUAAAAAUCAACCCCCUUCACUCUCUCUCUCUCUCUCUCCCAAUCUUUCUCUCUUUCUCCCCUCGUUUUCCUGAUGUCUUGUCUCCAUCAGAAAAGACUUGCCUUUUGUCUCUCAUCAGAUCUUUUGUUUGGGGGAUCCACGUGGGCUCUGAUGUUCUGUGAACGUUGUUAUAUGGUUGGCCUUGUAGUUUGCCGUUGCUGAAUGCGUGUUGGAGAGGCUGUCAUGCCAUCGUUUUCAUUGCAGUUUUCCUUCAGCAAGAAUGUGUUCAUAUCUAUGUGACAAUUAUUUAUUUGAAAUAGAUAUUUAAACAAAAAAGAGCUUUUUUUUUUGGUUUUGUUUCAAAAUGUAUUCAUGUUCAGUAUUCUCUUCUCUUUUCUUACAUUUUUCAUAUGAAUUAUUUUUGUAAUGCUGAAUUUGAACCUCACUUCAAAGCUAAAUUUCCAAAGCAUUUGGAUUGGACUCACCUGGUAGAUGUGUGUGUGUGUGUGUGUGUGUGUGUGUGUGUGCGCUCUGCUCAAAGCCAAGCAAAUAUCCAGACACACAGGUGAAAAUUAACACUGUUGGGGUACAUGGGCUGCAGUAGUUUGUUUUUUUCUAUCGAUCAGUAGAUUGAUUUUCUAUCAGAUUAUUGAACUCUGGUUGCUUUAAAUGUGAAAAGUCACUGUCGUCUGAUUAAAGUGCACACACUUAGCUGAUUGCAAAGGCAACACUGAACCAGGAAGAAUGGAGUCGUGGGUAGCAGGCAAACUCCUCUCUGUCUGCUGUGAUGUGCAUCGGGAGCUAUUUACUUUUCUCAUCUGUUGUGAUAAUCAGUACGGCGGCUUCUUCCAUUCACCUGUAUGACCGUGUCAGUGUGAGUUUGCUGUAUGUUUGUGGUGGUCAGUUUGAAGUAGGUGUUGGAUCAGUGUUUUGACAUCAAAAAAAUCCCCCCCCCCUUACCUGACAACUUCUAUUUAAAUGUAACAAAUAUCCCACCUGUAAAACAUGUGACUUCCAUACAUGCAGAAGAACUUCUGGUGAAGCCAUCAGCUGUCUCCAGCAAUGUAGAGUGAGAGAAAUGGGUACAGUGCAAACUAAACAUGUGGCCAAUUUCGUUUAAAAACAAAAACAAACAAACUUUGUAAACAGGAAGAAAAAGUGGCGACAGUUACCAUUGAUCAUCCAUAUGAUUGUGACAUCACAGCACAAGGGCCUGUGAGCAAAAAGAAAAAAACAAAUGGUGCAGAGUUUGUGGAAUUAGUGCCUAUGAUUUUAAGGAACUUAAAGUCGGUUUCCUGUUUUUGGAAUGUUUUCUUGCUUGCUUGUUUUGUGCCAAUAGUGUUCAUUUUAUUUUGCCAAUGUAAUGUUGCAUCAGUCAGGGGUCUUUGCAUUUCUCAAUUUUAUUUUUAUUUUUUUUAUGUUUGCAGCUUUAAGUAUUUUUUGUUAUUGGUUUUUGUUUGUUGUUUGUAUUUUUGCAUUAAUGAAACAUUUAUGAUUGCAUUUAUGAUUUGAAAGUAAACGGAGUAUGAGUAAGCACGCCUUGAUAUUUAAUAAUAACUGAUCUGCACAUGUACAAGAGGCUUUCUAUUUAUUUGACAGAGUUGCGUCGGUGUGGGGAAGUGGUGGCGUGGACUUUGACUCAGUCUGAGGGGCUCGGGGCCUGAGGGCUCAGACAAACAAAUAAUAAAAAAACAACAGCCUGGCCAUUUUUGUGGGAUUGUCUUUUUGUUAAUACUUUUAUAUAACCACAGACAUGAUGCUCCGUACCCCAUGUGUAAAUUCACAUUUCAAAAUAAAUUGUAAAUAAGAAGGAA